CUAGCAUGGCGUGGCAGGGUGGAGGGAGACCCGCUAAGUGCCGCAUAUAUAAGCAAAUGCCUAGACUUGAUCUCUAUUUAGUUGUGGUCGACUACUGUGCGCUACUUGGACCGGGGGAAAUACGAGUUUUUACUUGCUAGAAAAUGCGUGCGGCAAAGUUGGUAAUAUUUGGCCUGCUGAUGGUCGGCUGCUGUCUGGCCCGUCCCCAGGAUAGCUCCCCGGCGACGACGACGACGACAAGCACCACAACCACUCCCAGGCCCGUGGAGGAUAGGGCGAGUUCCACGACAACGACAACCAGCACAACCACAACGACAACGACGACGACGACGACUCCGAAACCAGAGUCCACAACUCCAUCUCCCAGUACGACAACCACCAGCACUACUCCGAGCACAACCACCAGCACUACUCCGAGCACAACCACCAGCACUACUCCGAGCACAACCACCAGCACUACAACACCCAGUACCAGUACAGCUACCUCUAGUACUACUCCCAGUACCACCAGCACCACUACAACCACAACAACCACCCCCAAGCCCAAGGACGCUGACGAUGAGGAGGCCGAGAAGCUGCUGCAGCAGUGCGCCGAGCUGAGCAGACGCAAGAAGCGCGACGGAUCCUCCUCCUCCGAGGAGGACAGCGGCGAGAGAAGGUCCUUCAAGUCGGCCAGGAAGGAGCGCAAGCAUCUGAAGAAGCUGUGCAAGGAGCUCAAGAGGCAGCAGGAGCGCAAGCAGGAGAAGCCCCAGAAGGGAUCCCUCUCAGAGCUGUCCCAGGCCUUGCGGUCCUAUGCUCAGCGCCACGGCCAGCGCAGGCACUAAAAAGAUUAAAAAGUCUUGAUGGAUCAUCUCCAUUUCCACACCUAAAGGCAGUUAUUUUUUUAAUAUAUGUGUGUAUCUAUUAUUUUUAUUUGUGAAAGUUUUUGAUUGGAAAAAAACGAGAAAAAAGUCAUGCCAUUUCUGUUUGUG